CUCGUGUCCUUGGGGCUGCCCCCACAGCAGAGGCACUUCAGGGGUUCUUAAAUCUCCCUCCAGCCUCCUUUUUGUCACUGUUGUUGGGGAUUCUAUGGAGGAAAACCCCAACCAGAGCAUUUAAACACCCCCUGCUUGUUGAUUAUUUGUGACCGUGUUCGCAGGGAUCUGAGGAUGAGGGAACACACGAGGAUCUGACUCCAUGUUUCAGAAGGCUGAUGUAUUACUUUAUGAUCUAUAUUACAUUAAAACUGUACUAAAAGAAUAGAAGAAAGGAUUUCAUCAGAAGGCUGGCUAAGAAUAGAAAAAGAAAGAAUGAAUAACAAAAGCUUGUGUCUGGGACAGAGAGUCUGAGCCAGCUGACUGUGAUUGGCCAUUAAUUAGAAACAACCCCAUGAGCCCAAUCCCAGAUGCACCUGUUGCAUUCCACAGCAGCAGAUAACCAUUGUUUGCAUUUUGUUCCUGAGGCCUCUCAGCUUCUCAGGAGGAAAAAUCCUAAAGAAAGGAUUUUCCAUAAAAGAUGUCUGUGACAAUUAUUGCAUUAAAACCCCACAGCAGAACUUUCUCUCCUUCCCAAAGGUAACAAGGAGGCGGAGUUUGGCCCCAGCAUGGCCACGGUGGUGCCGCAGAAGCUGAGCCAGCUCCUCAUCAGCGUGAGGCAGCUGCCGGGGCUGCUGGCGCCGCUGUCCCUGGGCACGGUGAGCAGCGCCGAGGUGCCCCCGGUGUUCUGGAAGCCCUACAUCCACGGCGGCUACCGGCCCGUGCGCCAGACCUGGCGCUAUUACUUCUCCACGCUCUUCCAGCAGCACAACGAGGCCGUCAACGUGUGGUCGCACCUGGCGGCCGCGCUGGUGCUGCUGCUGCGCCUGCAGCGCCUCUGGCAGCGUGUGGACUUCGGGCAGGACGCGCACGCCCGGCCCCUGCUCAUCAUCCUGGCCGCCUCCAUCACCUACCUGACCUUCAGCAGCCUGGCCCACCUGCUGCAGGCCAAGUCUGAGUUCUGGCAUUACAGCUUCUUCUUCAUGGACUACGUGGGGGUGGCCGUGUACCAGUACGGCAGCGCCCUGGGUCACUUCUACUACGCCAUCGAGCCGGGCUGGCACCGCCAGGUCCGCGGGUUCUUCCUGCCGCUGGCGGCGGCGCUGGCCUGGCUGUCCUGCGCCGGCUCCUGCUACGCCAAGUUCCGCUUCCACCCGCGCUGCCCGCUGCCCGGGCGCCUGUGCCAGGAGCUGCCCUCGGGGCUGGCCUACCUGCUGGACAUCAGCCCCGUGCUGCACCGCAUCUGCACGGCCGCGCGCCCCGAGCCCGCCCUGCUCUACCACAAGUGCCAGGUGCUCUUCUUCCUCCUUGCCGCCUUCUUCUUCUCCCACCCCUACCCCGAGAAGUGGUUCCCCGGGAGGUGCCACUUCGUGGGGCAGAGCCACCAGAUCUUCCACGUGUUCCUGGUGCUCUGCACGCUGGCGCAGAUCGAGGCCGUGGUGCUGGACUACGAGUCCAGGAGGGAGAUCUACUCCUCCCUGCAGCAGGGCCUGGCUCACGACUUCUCUGCCCUGUUCCUGCUCACCAUCACCUGCUCCGUCCUCACAGCCGCCUACAUGGCCCGCAGGGUGAGGAACAGGCUGGGCCUCAAGGAGGAGUAAACAAAAAAUGAGCUCAGCCCAAACCCAGCCCCAAGCCCCCAGAUGCUGCUUCAGGAACUGUUACUCAGCAAGUGCUUUCUAUAAGAAUGAGAAAUGCUUUUAAUGCUUUUUAAAUCCAGCCUAAGUUCCAGCUUGCUCAUAGAAUGGUACAGGGUUCAGUUCAGCUCUGAAUAAACAGUUGGAACAAA